GAGCAGGCAGAGCGAGCCAGGAGGAGUCUGCAGAGGACUUGCCAAGCGUCUGGAGGAGUUGCCAGCUGCCUGCAUCGGUGUGCAGGAAGGCAUCGAGGCAGCGCUGGCCUCUGCCUGCUCCCUCUGCCAGCUGCAGUUGCCGCAGUGCCCUAGUGCCUGGUGCUGCUCCUCCCUUCACCUGGGCAAGUCCCUCUGCCGCUGCUUCUGCAAGAACUUUGUCUUCUCCAUCGUCCGCUUCUGCUUUGGCUUCUUCUGUGGCUUCUCAGCACAGCAGUCCUGGCUCACUGAAGAGGUCCCAGAUGACUGGAAGGUGGCCAGCGUGGUGCCUAUCCACAAGAAGGGCUGGAAGGAACACCUGGGAAAUUACAGACCUGCCAGCCUGACCUCAGUGCCAGGGUGAUCACCUCUCUUUCCUUGGAGUCAUCAUUUUGAACUGGGCAGCAGCUGGUUUGCACCUGAAAAGCUUAGGAUAUUUCCUCCAAUUGCCUUCCUAUUUGGAUCUUUCCAGAGCUCUGAGCAGCUGAGCACCCACCAUGGAUGACUUCGAACGCCGCAGAGAGCUCAGGAGGAAAAAGCGCGAGGGGAUGCGGCUUGAAGUAGAGAGUCUGUCCUACCAAAGAAACGAUGAUGAUGAGGAGGAAGCUGCCAGAGAACGUCGCCGACGGGCUCGCCAGGAGAGGCUGCGGCAAAUGGAAGAAGGAGAUCUGUCAGGAGAAGUGACAGAGAAAACAGAAGCUAAUACCCAGAACAGCGUGGCAGAAGAGGAGAGCAAGCAUGCCACAUCCACCAGGGGAGCGGACGACGAAGCUGCGCUGCUGGAGAGGCUGGCCAGGAGGGAGGAGAGACGCCAGAAACGUCUGCAGGAAGCUCUGGAACGUCAGAAGGAGCUGGACCCUACGAUCACAGACGGGAGCUUGUCGCUGCCCAGCAGGAAGGCAGUGACCAGUGUGGAAGAGAACGAGAGCACGGGGAAAGAGGAGAAGGCUGAAACACGCCGAGGGCGCUGCGAGAUUGAGGACACAGAACCAGUUACCAAAGCGUACCAAAGGAACAACUGGAGGCAAGAUGAGGAAGAAGAGGGGAAAAAAGAAGGAAAAGACAAGGAGGAGGUACAGGAGGAGAAACCCAAGGAGGUCCUCGUAGAGGAAAAUCAGGUAGAUGCGACAGCAGAAAAACCCUCAGAUAAAGAGGAGGUAGUAGAAACAAAAAGUCAAGCCUUGAAUGCAGAUGAACACCAAGCAGAGAAUGGUACCAAUGCUGUGACCGAGGGGGAGCAGAGUGUAACUGAUGCUCUGGAUAAAGAGAAGCUUAAGGAUGAGGAAAGGGCUGAGGUGGAAAGAAAGCAAGCAGAAGAAAAGGAGAAACUUGAGGCAGAGGAAAGAGAGAGGUUAAAAGCAGAGGAAGAAAAGAAGGCAGCUGAGGAAAAGCAGAAAGCAGAAGAGGAAAAGAGGGCAGAAGAGGAAAAGAGGGCAGCUGAGGAAAGAGAGAAGGCUAAGGCAGAAGAGGAGAGGAAAGCAGCUGAGGAAAGGGAGAAGGCUAAGGCAGAAGAGGAAAAGAGGGCAGCUGAGGAAAGAGAGAAGGCUAAGGCAGAAGAGGAGAGGAAAGCAGCUGAGGAAAGGGAGAAGGCUAAGGCAGAAGAGGAGAGGAAAGCAGCUGAGGAAAGAGCGAGGGCUAAGGCAGAAGAGGAGAAGAGGGCAGCUGAGGAAAAGGCUAAGCUAGAAGCAGAGAAAUUACAGGCAAAACAAAAGAUGGAAGAAAAGAAACUAGAAGAUAAACAGGUAAAAGAGAAGAAAGCGCAAGCGGAAAAACCUCCAGCAGCUUUCCUAACAAAGCAGGGGGAAGAGAGUAAAGUGGAAGCUAAAAAGGAAAAGCUGCCGGAUGAGAAGCUCCAACCUACCUCCAAAAAAGAUCAGGUAAAAGAUGACAAGGACAAAGGAAAAGCACCCAAAGAGGAAAUGAAAAGUAUCUGGGAUCGUAAGAAGGGAGUCCCUGAACAAAAGGCACAGAAUGGAGAACGUGAACUUGCUGCCCCAAAACUUAAACCUACUGAGAAUGCCUUUGGCCGCUCCAAUUUGAAAGGGACUGCAAAUGCUGAGGAGGCAAAGCUGAGGGAGAAGCAGCAGGAGGCAGCAGCAGAGCUGGAUGAGCUGAAGAAAAGGCGGGAGGAGCGCAGGAAGAUCCUGGAAGAGGAGGAACAGAAGAAGAAGCAAGAGGAGGCUGAAAGAAAAGCCCGAGAGGAAGAGGAAAAGAGGAGGAUGAAAGAAGAAAUUGAAAGGAGAAGGGCUGAAGCUGCUGAGAAGCGUCAAAAGAUGCCAGAGGAUGGUGUCUCUGAAGACAAGAAGCCAUUUAAAUGCUUCAGUCCUAAAGGUUCAUCUCUCAAGAUAGAGGAGCGAGCAGAAUUCUUGAACAAAUCAGCUCAGAAGAGUGGUAUGAAACCCACCCACACAACAGCAGUUGUCUCCAAGAUUGACAGUAGACUUGAGCAAUACACCAGUGCAAUAGAGCAGGGCACAAAGACUGCAAAACCAGCUAGGCCUGCAGCCUCUGACCUUCACGUUCCAGCCGAGGGUGUCCGUAACAUCAAGAGCAUGUGGGAGAAAGGGAAUGUUUUCUCCUCGCCCUCUGGGGCAGGAGCACCCAAUAAGGAAACUGCUGGACUGAAGGUUGGUGUUUCCAGUCGGAUCAACGAGUGGUUAACCAAGACCCCAGAGAGCAACAAAUCACCUGCUCCAAAGCCUUCUGAUCUAAAACCAGGAGAUGUAUCUGGCAAACGUAACCUCUGGGAGAAGCAGUCAGUUGAAAAGCCAGCUUCUUCUUCUAAGGUAUCAGCUAUGGGGAAGAAAUCAGAGACUAAUGCAGGUUUGAGACAACUUGAGAAAGAACCCUAGAAGGCCACUAAAGAAGCUGAACCACUUGGCUGGGGGGAAAAAAACCCAAACUAAACUUAAAAAAAAAACAGAGAGAGAGAGAAAGUGCUAAAUUGUUCUUUUUAUUUUGAUGUUUAUUUACCAAAGUGUCUGUUGGUUUCUGCAUUAUCCCAGUUAAACCCAGGUAUAUUAGCACUGUAUUUAAUAAUCAGUCUAGACAUCCAUCCUGAUAGUACUGCCUUUGCACAAGAGCCUUUAUUCCUGAAGAGAACCCAUGCUGUGAAAUAUAGAAGACUUCUCCUACUGACAGUCAUGACUGACCAUGUCCCUGAGCAGUGAUUUCAACUGGCAUAAGAGGUCGAUGGAGCAGAGUUGCUUAAAGGUGUGCAGCAAACCUACAGGUCCAAUGGUAAUCCAUAAAGUCUUUCUUUCUGCACUUUAAAGGCAUGGAAGAAACCUCUUUUAGCUGACAAUGUAAGUUGCCCAUGUCAUGAGAAAUACUUCACCAAUAACAUAUUUUAAUGUGGGUGGGUUGUUGUUGUUGUUGUUUUUCCUUGGAUUUAUACUUCUUUUUUGUUGUUUUAAAGCAUCAUUUUUUUUUCCCAUGCUAGUUUAAGUUAAUGCCUAAAUUUGGAUGAUUAUAUUAGCAGACAGUGGUACUGAUACUCCUUUUGUUUUUGUUGUUAGCUAGGAAUUGAAUGCCAUUUUAGAGCAUAUAUACACACAUAGCUUUACAAAGUUUAGCACUACUAACAGUAGAAUGCUUUUAAUACCUGCUAGAGUAUUAUAUUUAGUGAUAAACAUACCUAAGUAGCCAAUAGCACAGCUUUAAAAUAAACCCAGAAAUAAAUCAAGACAAACCCACAGCACUUCUCUGCAGUAAGAUUUCAUUAUACAGGUAUUGGUGAGAUGAGUAUUAAAAAGUUUAAAUGUCAGUUGCCCAAUAAUGGGUAAUUAAAAAGAAAAGUAGAGUUAUUAAAAGAGGCAAAGGUAAGGGUGUAAGAGGGUCAGAAAUAGGUCACUUGUAUAAAACCUUGUAGUUUAAUUUAUGUAAAACUACCAUAAUUAAAAAGUGUAAAAAGAAAACCAACCCAAAAACCCAAACCAACCCCAAAACCAAACCAACCCAAAACCUAAACCAAGCUGGGGCUUGUUUCGAAUAGGCUCCACGCUGGGGCUUGCCAUCCGUUGGUGCCGUACGCUCAAGUCCACCUGAGAUGAAGUAAACCUCUCUUUGUAGUGCUUCUUUUGAGCUCCCUCUCCCUUAACAUCUUCUUUUGAUGGAUGUUUUCAUUUGUAUAUAGUAACCACCUGGCUGUAAGACUUUGGCUUGGUUUGACUUUACUUGCCACACAGUUUAGCAUUGACGUCCUCCAGUGUCACAAACUGAGCAACUGAAGCAGCCCCUGAGCACGUUGUAAACAGCUCUGUUGUGCCUUGGACUGCCCAGGAUCCUCCUCUUCACCACUUCCAUCUCUGACAGCAGCUGACUUCUUCCUAAAGAAGGGUAAUGUUCUGUGUCAACCCAAAGAUGAACUCCCCUGCUCAGCUGAAACAUCUUGUGUACAUAGAGAGCUGCACAUAGUUAUCCGUAGGGGGUGAAACUCUGCCUGACCUUGUCUGGGAGUUGUCAUGGUUGUGUUUUGUUUUUUUUUUUGUUUGGGGGGGUUUUGUAAACACUCCUCUGAGUCUUUCAAAUGCAUCCAAUAGCUGCAAUAAAAAAAAAAAGUUCUUUGCUCAAUGUAUUCUGAAACUGCAUCCACAAUAAAUGGAAUAUUCCCAUCGGCA